GUGACGGUAAUUUCCUCAUCAGCCUCCUCCUGCUCCUCUGCACUGAAACAUUCCUCAAUCACUCCCAACACACCUCUACUGCCGAGCGGAUCCAUGCCGAGAGGAGGGGACCCUGCAGGACGGAACCGGCCAAAGGUAAAGCCUCGUGACGUCAGAGAAAUGGUGACCGGGGUAAACAACAGGCCCUUUUCAUGGAAACGAACAGCAUGGACAGCUUAGACGGUUGGGUCGCCGUAAAGACGAACCUUUUUGAUGAAGAGGAGUUGUUUCGACUGGUCUUCAUCGUCCAGUGGAGUGUGAUCGAGUCCAAGUUCGCGGUCACUUGUCACAACAGGACGCUGCAGCGGCGGACGCGGAGACUCCCCGCUGAGCAGGACCCCGAAGAGAGGAGACUCUCCGCUGAACUGGACCCCGACGAGACGAGCUGGGCCGGGCUGUUCUCUCUCCACGACCUGAGGAUGAUCCACCAGCAGCUGACGGGGGUGGCCGAUAUAUUGGGGCCCUAUUUUCCGGAUUUAUCAGACUUCGACGAUGGGAACAUCUGGGAUUUGCUGUUCCUCACCAGGAGGUCCAACCUGGGCGAGGAGGACGACGAUGGGAGAGAUAUAGAUAUGCCUUGUCGAAACCUGGAAAGAUAUUUCAGCACGGCGAUUGAUAUCUGCGGGCGAAAGAUAGUCCUCGACUCGUUGUUCUCUCAGGAUGAUGUCGAGGAGUACUUUGAAAAUCUUCAAGAGUUUAAGAAGAAGACUAUGCAAGAAGAGGUUUCAAGAGCCAAGGACCACCUGAGAAAGUUGCUGCAGAGCCACUGGGCCGCAGACAGGAUGGUCCUGCUGCUGGAUCUCUACCAGGACGAAGACCAAGCCUACCAGGACCUGGUCACCGCAGCCACCGUCUUCUUCCAGUACCUGCUGCAACCCUUCAGGGACAUGAGGGAGCUGUCCUGCCUCUACAAGAUGGAGAUCCUGAAGCUGCUGGACUACGAGGAGCUGGGCCCAAAGCGACUGUCAGCUCUGGAGAAGGAGGCGGAGGAGUGGAGGAGGAGAGCGGAGGAUGCCGUCUCCUCCAUCCAGGACGUCACCGUCCGCUACUUCAUACAGACGUUCAAAGCUCUGUCAGGUAUGGUCAAGCAGAUGGAGGAGGACAAGGGCCGCUUCGGGGCGUCGGCCUGGGCCUCGGCCAUGCCCCGACUGGAGAAACUGCGCUUCCUGAUGGCCAAGGAGUCCCUGCAGCACAUGAGGGCCUCUGAGAUGUGUCUGAAACGCAAGAAGGAGGGCAUCAGAGAGCGGAUGAGGGGUCUGACGCCCGGGGAGCAGUGGGAGAGUGGGGCCCGGCUCGGGGCCCUGGCGGACCCGUCACAGCAGGGGGGCGUGGACCAGCUGGAGCUGCUGUUUUACGAGGCUCAGUUGGAGCUCUAUGACACCAAGUUUGAGAUCCUGAAGAAUGAAGAGCAGCUGCUCAUGGCCCAGGUGGACACGCUCAGACGACAGAUCAAAGAGCUGAAGGAGGAGGUGGUGUACUAUGAUGUGUGUGAGGAUCAGGAGGAGCUCCAGAGUUUGGUGCAGACCGGCCUCCACCCCUCCGACUCCUCCUCCGCCCACCAGCUUAAGCGACGCCUGAUGAAACUUGAGACCAAAAGAGCGGCAAUCUGUUCCCGGAGAGCUUACCUGCGCAACAAGAAGGAUCAGUGUGUGGAGGCCAACAGGAAUAAGCGGACCAUAGCGGAUCACAGCUCCGUGCUCUUCAGCCAGCACCACCACAUCCACCUGAAGCGAGAGAAGAGGCGUGAGGAGGAGCAGAGCAGGAAAGAGUGGGUGGAUGGGGAGAGACAGAAGACCAUCUCUCGGCUCCGCUCCUUCAGAGAGAAGCGUCAGGGGCAGUACGUGCUGAAGACGCACUCCAAGAUGGCCUCCCCAGAGCCAGUGUGUCCUGACUUCUCCCAGCCCAUGUCCUUCAUCAGCCUGGCCCCCGACGCCCCCCCGCCCCUCCCCAGAAGGACCCUCGGGAAGAAUCGCCAGCCUGCCGCGCCAAAAGACAUCCCCGUCCAGAUCUUUGCACCUGGACCACCACCUCCCCCACCAUCAUCAACAGGUGGCCCACCGACUAUGCCACCACCACCGCCGCCUCUUCCGCCUCCCCCACCUCCACCUCCUCCCCCACUUGCUUCUUUUCUGCCACCUGCAGCCUCCCCCGACACGCCCAUGGACCUGAGUGACAGGCAGGCUCCUCCAUUCCCAGCCAAGAACACCCUGAGGCAGAACCUGGGGUCCAUGGACGAGGUGCUGGCCUCGCUGCAGAGGGGCCAGAUCCGGCUCCGCAGGGCUCCGGCCCCUGGGGCCGCGGCGCCAGCAGGGGACCCCAGGGACGGCCUGAUGACAGCCAUUCGCCAGGGGGUCGUCCUGAAGAAGGUGGUUGCCGUGCGCUGCGACGUGCUUGACGACAGCCGGGGCUCGGAGCUGGAGCGCAGCAUCAAGGCGGCCAUGAGGAGGAUGAAGAAGGUUUCAGCCGACAGCGACGAGGACUCGGAUGAAGAUGAGAUCCACAGCUCUGAGUGGGACAGCUGAGGACGCAUACAUGUGUGAAGAUAUACACAUAUUAUAUACAUAUAUAUAUGACUUUAGGCUUCCAGUCCUACCAAAUGCCAAGAGGUGACUCUAAACGUUUGUCUUUAGCGGCGGCCGUAGCGUCUGAUGAACUGAAUGUUAAAGGCCUAUGGAGUCUCCUGUAGUUAUAAUAUUACAGUUUUGGUGUCUGGAUGCACAGCCAAUCUCCAGACUUGUGGUGGCCGCCCCAUGCAUUAUUAGCACUACUUUGACCUGUUUUAUUUUGAUUAUUUAAAUUUCAAUUGAUUAUUACUACCAUCCUAGCCUUAUAGUCCAGAUGAUGACUUUAUUAUUUUCCAAAGCAAUUUAUCGUGCAACUUCUGGGCUUUUUAACAGUGUUAUGCCAUAAGGAGGGAUAAUGAGGAAUUUAGAAUAAUUUGAAGAAUGCCUUGUUCAUUUAAACAUGUAUGGAGGUUUUCUUCAUAAAGUUGUAUUCCUAAUGCCAGGAAAAACUCCAAA